GGCGGCGGCUACCGCCCGAGGUGUGAGAAUCGGCCGCGGAGGCGGCCAACGAGAGCCCUUGCGAGCUCCUAGGCAGGCAGAAAUGGCGAUGGGGAGGAGGCUGACGCAAUUCCAGACCCUCCUCGCGCAGCAAGCCCUCCGCAGCGCUACCCCAAAGCCCAGAGCCCCACCCAUCCCGCACAGCCGCUUCCUCCACUGCCCCUCCCCGCCGGCAGCCGCAUCCCGCUCCCCGCUGUCCCACUUCCUGUGGCGCAGCUCAGGCAGCGCCGGGACGGUCCUGCCAGCGAGCGCAGCGGCCGUACGGACCGCUGCCAAGCGGUGGCUUGCCGCCGGGUCGCUCGAUCUCUUCUCGCUGCAGCGGAGGAGGUCCCCGGGCUUGCUCUCUUCGUCCUCCGCAUUCCUCCGCCGCGCACCUUGGGCGCGCUGGCUACCAUCACCGGACCAGGUGGUGCUCACGCUUAUCGGGGCAAAUGUGGCCGUAUACAUGCUCUGGCAGGUGGCCGAUCCGAGUUUCAUGGAGAGGCAUUUCACGGUUUCUCUGGAAAAUUUCAAGAGCGGGCGGUUGCACACGGUGCUCACGAGCGCCUUCAGCCACACAGACACGGGUCACCUCUUCAGCAAUAUGCUUGGUCUCUACUUCUUCGGCUCAAGCAUUUCCAGCAUGUUUGGUCCUUCUUUUCUGUUGAAUUUGUACGUAGCUGGAGCACUUGUUGGAUCCACAUUCUUCUUGAUAGAAAAGGCUUUUAGAGCUCCGCGGAAACAGGUUUAUGUAGGGUGGGACAGAUCAAGACAGUUUGGGCUUGGUGCGAGUGGUGCAGUUAAUGCCGUUAUGCUUCUUCAGAUUUUUCUCAAUCCAAAGGGACUAAUCUAUCUUUACUUUGUCCUUCCUGUUCCAGCUGCCUUAGUGGGGGCUGCUUGGAUUGGCCUUGAUUUAUUGAGUGUCAACAAGGGGCAGGGUUCAGCUUCUGCUCAUUUAGGAGGUGCCGUAGUGGCUGCCCUCGCGUGGGCUCGAAUUAGGAAGGGCUGGUUCUGAUCAUGCAGCUAGUUCAUAUGGAGCAAAUCCAACCACCCUCCCCCAAGCUGGCGGCCUCUCCGGCUGAGAUUGGUUGACAAAUUUCGUAUGGGUAGAGAGAUAACUCUGCUGCUUAUCUUCCAAGUUUCUGAUCUGGAAGUCAUCAAACAAAUUUCUAGAUAGCAUCAUGGGAGAUAUUGCCAACUGGUUGGCUGAAUUUACAUACCUAUUCUUGAUGGGAUCAUCCUUAAACAUGCCACAACUAGAAUUGCAAUGUUAGUGCUACCGCCUCACUAGGCCAAAUUUGAGUGCAGAUGUGACUGGGCAACCUUUGCCAUCCGAAAGUAGGAAAAGUCAGGACAUCAACGGAAUAAAGUUGUAAUGGUUAAAAUCCAUGGAUACCCAUGAUCAUCCUUGGUUACUGUCGUUGACACUUAUCAUCCAAUACUACGAUCCAAGUUGGUAACAUGAUUUGUGUUUUGCAAAUA